AGUGUGAAGAUGAUUCUCUGUUGGCUAACACUGCUCCUUUUUCAUCAGGGAUGCUCACUGGUUCCAGUGAUCACAGUUCAUCUCGGUGAACCUGCAACAAUUUUGAGAACAACUAAAGAAGACGAGGGAAUGUAUCACUGUGCAGUCCUCGACUGGAAUGAGAAUACCUGGAUAGGGACCUAUUUGUCAAUAAAAGGAAACAAUGAGAGAACAGUAAACUACACUGUUGUGCAGAGGUCAAGAGGAGCAAAUACAGCCGAUUUGGGAGAUUCUGCAACUCUGGAGUGUUCAAUUCUGUCUGAUUCCAACUACAAGACUUGUCCAGGAGACGUCAGUGUAUUCUGGUUCCGAGCCAGGUCACAUAAAUCUCACCCUGAAAUUAUUGUCAUGGAUGAAAUCCCUGAUGGAGACUGUACGGCGAAACAUGACAGAAAAUGUGUUUAUAGCUUCUUUAGGAAUGUCAGCAUAUCUGAGUUUGGGAAGUACUACUGUGCGAUAGCCUCGUGUGGAGAGAUACUAUUUGGAAACGGGACUACUCUUGAAGUCGAGAAAUCACCAGACUCUACAUCUAUCACUCUGGUGACUGUAAUAAUCUGCUUGAUCAUUUCUGUCAUUUUACAUAUUGCAAUCAUCUGUCUCCAAACCUUUAAAAAAGCCAAAAAACAGAAUAAAGGCAAAAAACCAACACAUGAUCAUUUCCAAGAGGAUAACAUUGAUGAAGAUGAAAAUGGUCUGAACUAUGCAGCAUUGCAUUUCCCAGGAGGAAAAGCAGUUAAAGGAAAGAAAAACAAACUGGAUGAAAGUGUAUACUCACAAGUUAAUUUUUAAACAGGAUUUCUUGUCUUUAUACAAGGCUUUUUUACUAAAGUUGUGAGUACAAUUUCAACCUAAGGAACUACUGUCUUCAUGUUUUUAAUUCAUGUUUACCAUAGUGUGAAUGUACCCGGUUGCCCUUUUAUCUCUUAGAAAAUAAAUCAAAAGGAUAGUUUUUUUUUUUUCAACAGUGUAAUUAAGAAAUAUGUUUUAUAAUGGUUUUUUAGUACAUAUAUUAAAAUAAAAAUGCUUAAAUGCUU